AUGUCUCUUAAACGAAAGAGAGGAAUCGAGGAGAUCAUCGACUCCCGGGUCGUCACUUUCGUCAUCGGCAAAGGCGAUUCGAAGCGCGAAUUCCGUGUCCAUGAAGGAGCUUUGGUCCACCUGUCGAAGCCUCUUCGAUCCCUAAUUACUGGAGGCAUGAAAGAAUCCCUUGAGGGCAAGAUCAUUUGGGAUGACGUCGAACCUACUACCUUCCUCCUUCUUUUGGACUAUGCUUACACCGGCUCCUACCCUAUUUCCUACCCCGAAUACAUUUACAACGACAAAUCCGGCUCAGAAGAAGAAGAAGACGCCAGAAAAGACGAUGCAUAUCCAGCCUCACUAAGGAGAUGGGUCAAGCGCACGUCGUCAAAGCGAGACAACAAACGCUUCGCAGUAUUAGAGUUUUGUCAGGAGCACUUCUCCAAGUAUGGAGUCGAAACAUACAUGGGUCAUUCGCUCCGGAAGGAGGAAUCUGAGGGACUGGAUUCGAAAAUCAUUGUCGCAUUGGAUCACCUCUUGAAGCCAUCAGAACUCUACAUUCUCGCCGACAGGUAUCUCAUCGAUGAUCUCAAGGAGUUGUGCAUCAAUGAUGUUGGGCGAAAGCUAUGGAACGCAGUUGGAGACGACACGCUCAUUGGUCACGUGUGCUCCGUCCUUCGCUUCCUGCAUGCACAGACAUUACCAGAGGACGAACUUCGCGAGCUGCUUCUACGAUACCUCGUUGGAGAUAUGGAAUAUGCAAUGAAAGCUGGAGUUCGAGACCUGAUCCGCGACUUCGCGGACUACGCUGUGGAACUGCUGCUUGAGAUACCCAGUACCUACUGGAAAGAACUUCAGGGUCAAGUGCCAGGGGCACUAGACGCCUAA